CCCCCGUGGACAAUUUGAGCAGUUUUUCUCCGGUUCCUCAACCCGCUCUGCCCCACUUCGCCCAUGUAUCUUGAAUUGCUUGCAAGAUUUCAUAUUGCCAUCUCUUUUUAACACACGGAUGAGUUUUUCUGCUUGGGUACCAACAACGAUUUUCAAUCCAUAUCAUGAGGUAUAAACACAGCUACCAUGUAUAUACACAGUGGCCUACAAAUGUAUGCAUGUAUUGGUUGACAUUGCAAGUGCGUCGGCGAAGGACAGACAAGUUUUUAGAUCCAGAUUAUUUACGAGAGUACCAUCAGCAAUGGCUUCAAGAUCAUCCCAAUAUCGGAAGCGUCGUCGCUUUAUGGAAGAAGUUGAGAGAGAAAUAGACAAUGAGAUCAAUAAUAUGGAAACUUCCUCACCUGUCAUGGUGCCGGCAUCGACGAGCAGGAUGUUCAGUAAGUAACUAAUAUUGUGUUUUUAGAGUACUAUUAUACAUGGAAAACAGAAUUUUGUCGCAGUAUAUUGCCAAUUGGUAAUCAGCAGCUACGUUGAUUCAUAUUCCGAUCGCAAUUUUAGGUUUUGCACCGCCAUAGUUUCUGCAUCGGUUCUGCACCGCCACCCACAAUGGCAACAUGAGGUUUUUUAUGUUUAACCUUACUUAGGAAAUCACGUCGUCGUUUUCUGGUUGGCAGUGUGAAUCCAAAUAAUAAGUUUUUUUUUGCUUUUUAAAUUGUUUUUUUGUAAAAACAGACAGCCACUUGAAUUUGCCAAACAUCCAUCGUGGGAGACAUGAUGAUGUUUUGUUCUUUAACGAUACAUUAGUAGGACUUUCUUUCUAGCAGCAAAGCAACUUCCGAAGGCUACGUUGGCUACGUGUGCUGAGACCAACAUCCGUGGCCACUGCAGCUUGCUUCUCAUCGUUUAUUGGCGAUUCCGUAUCAUCUCCCUGAACCCUGCCUGUUGCUGCUGAAGCGCGCCGUGACCAGCCGCAAUCUGCACUGACGCUGGUGGGGUUGGAGGAAGUCUGGCUCGAAGCUUCUCUCGUCGGUUAGCGUUGCGUCGCUCGUUGCGGACGCGCCGAACAGUUUCAGGUUGUGUCUCUAAGAUGGCCAUCUCCUCUUCGUAUUACUCAAUGAUCUGCGACGCCAGGGCAACUCGUUCAUUGUCUCAUGCUCCCUGUAGUUGAACCGUGAUCCGCCUAGAAGCUUCGUAGAUAAGGCUCCAGCUCUCGACCUCGCGACAGCAAAGCGCGGGCACUCCAACAACACGUGUUCCUCGUCCUCCGAAACGCCGAUGAACCACUGAGAGUCCGGGGACGGUCGUGAAUCCUUUGCUAAUAAGCAUUCUCGUAAAAAAAAUCUGUCCUGACCUGUUUAAGCCUGUGCCUGGGCCAGAUGGAAGGUCGUGUCUCCGUGUUAAUGCCAGUCGCUGACGGAAGACGAAUUGCAUAGUACUGAUAGCAACUUAGGUGGGAAUGUAGAGUGUAGCUUUAGCAUAGAUGUAGAUACUAACAAUACUAACAAUGACAGCGCUGCAACUGUUGACGAAAAUAAUUUGGAUGAUAUAGAAGAUGAACAGGAAGAAUGUGCUGAAGAUUUGUAUGAUGCUUAUAACUAUUUGAAUGAUUUUCAAAGUUUAAAAGAAGCUUUGAGAUAUUUGGCAAUAAUGAGUCAUCUUUCUCGCAACUUUCACAACUUGCUUCUUGCAAUUUUAAGAAAAUUUGGUCAUCCUGAACUUCCUAAAGAUGGUCGUACUUUACUAAAAAUUCCUAAAGUUAGCCAAGAAAUUCAGCAUAUAGCAGGUGGACAAAUGUGGUACUCAGGGAUAGUAGUUGGCCUUGGAAAUUAUUUUAGGAAUCAUGUUCCAGAGGAAAAUAAGUUUUCGUUACAUAUUUUUAUUGAUGGCCUUCCUCUCUUCAAAAGUAGUGCUACACAAUUUUGGCCAAUUCUUUUUAAAGUAAAAGAAAUUCCCGAUUGCCCGGUAAUGAUCGCAGGUGUAUUUUGUGGUCAGAAAAAACCUACCGACUUAGAGCCUUAUUUGCGACAGCUCGUAGAUGAAUUAAACAAUUUGCAAGUAAUAGGCAUGCUGUUUGGAGAGAAAGUUGUAAAAAUUUUUGCCAAGGCUUUUGUCACCGAUACCCCUGCGCGGGCCUUUAUAAAAUCGGUAAUGUACUUUCCGGCAAAACAUGGGUGCACGAAGUGUACUCUCGUUGGAGAGUUUGUAAAACCGGAGCGCAAAGUAAUAUUUUGUUCACCACAACCUGCUCCACCACGUACUGAUGAAAGUUUUCGACAAAGACACGAUACAGAGCAUCAUAAACAAAUUCGAUCUCCUUUAGAAGAGAUUGGUGGAUUAGAUAUGAUCAAAAGUUUUCCAACUUCUGAUCGACUUCAUCUUAUCGAUAUUGGCAACACUCGUAAAAUUUUGUACGGUCUUUUUCAUCAUAAAUUUAUAAGUUUUGUAAUAUGGUCUAGUGAACACAAGAAAAAUGCCUCUCACUUUUUGAUGAAAACGAAACUGCCGUCUGAAAUACAUCGACCAUUUCGAUCUCUUGACACUCUUCAGUUUUGGAAAGCAACUGAAUUUAGGUCUUUCCUACACUAUAUUAGCCCUGUUAUAUAUAAAGAUUUUAUGCACAGUGACGGCUUUAACCAUUAUUUGCUCUACUUUUGUGGCAUAACUAUUUUCUCAUCGUCCGUAUAUAAAAAUUUAAACCCGCUUGCAAAAAGAAUGCUUCAACAAUUUGUUGUUGAUUUCCCACUGUACUCUGGUCGCACCCAUAUGAGCAUCAAUGUGCACAAUCUUCUCCACGUAUUUGAUGACGUUGAAGAACUUGGUCCAUUGGACGAUUGGUCUUCUUAUGAUUAUGAAAACUUUUUACAGUUUAUUAAACGAGAUGUUAAGACAGGUUCAAAAUGUGUGGAACAAGUAGCGGGCAGAUGCAAGUUAUAUGCCUCAAUUAAUGUACAUCAUGGACCCAAAGAAAAGAAAUAUCCUUGUUUGACUAUAGAUGGCUGUGGACUACAUGUAACUGAAAGCUUUGUUUUAAAACCAAAAUUUCGGGAUCAAUGGUUUUUAACAAAAUCAAAUGGUAUAGUUAAAUUUUUGAGAGCAGAAAUCUCUCCGCAGAAUUCGUUGGUUAUCGUUGGAAUCAAGUAUGAUAAUAAGGAAAAUUAUUUUACGGCUAAAUUUAAAGAUAAUGUAUCUUUUGUAGCGAUACAGUCUCGUGAACUGAACAUUCAUAAACUAAAUUCUUAUUCACCAUCUACUAUGGUGACACUUGACCUUAAGUCUAUUAAAUGUAAGUUAGUUGCCGUUAAUUUACCCCCUCGUCCUCUUGUGUACUUUGAUGUUGAUGAAUUUCAAGAUUCUAUGCCUCCAUCUGUAUUAUUUUUUCCAUUAUUACACACUUUUCUUCCAAACUAACCAUAUUUUUUAUCUUAAAAUCAUGAUUGUGACUUGUUUUGUCUUAGUGUAAAUUAUAAUGUUAUUGAUUUUUUCAAAGGUUUACGGGUUUAUUUCAAAACUUUUGGUGGAGGGUAUAUCAUAGUAUGUAUAAUAUUAUGUUUUAUAUGUAUAUGUAUUAUGUAGAGGGUUUAGGUUGACAAUGUAUUACAUCACAUUUUGAAAGAGGGUAUAUCAUAAUUAAAGUAUACACUAGUUUUCAUUACAGAGUUAGCAGGGAAAGAAAUUUGUUUAAUCUACAGGAAACUUCAUUGUAGUUUUUUUUUAUUGAACAGAUCAGCACGAAUUGUCACAUGUACAUGAAUUUAAUAAUAAUUGUAACUGUUAGUGAAAAAACCCAAGAGAUUCAUUUCAUGUUUGUUUAUACUUUUUUAUGUAAACACAAUUAUUUUUAGUAAUUUGGACUUAUUACUACGUUUAACGACAAUGCCAAUCUUUAAAACAAAUUAUCCAAUCAACCUGUGAUCCAUAAGUAGUGUAACAUCCACGACAGUUAUAACUAAAAUAUUAGAACAGUUGAUUGAUCGUAUGGUAUCUUUUGAUCAUUCCGUACAAACACUAAUCUCCAACAUCUAUUUUUUUUUUCUAAUACUGCUCAACGUGUUUCGCAUCCCAUACGAGGAUACAUCGAGGAAAAGCUAUCCCCUUACGUGACACGACACGACGUGACUGCGCUUAAUAUGGCAUUUCUUCCAAUCUCAACAGUUCCGCUUGUUUUUUAGAUAAGAACUCUUUGGAACAUUGCUCAUAGAAAGGAUUUAUUUCGUAAUUCUGUAUAAUGCAUUUACACAACUCUAAUAACUUCUCCUCCAGAGCAUUCAUCUUCUCAAUUGUCUCUACAGUGCAAAAGGUUGGCGAAGGGGUUUUAUCCGUGGGGCUCAAGCAGGUGUUUUGAUUCGCCAACAGUUGUUGCAUCAUCCCGGUCAGAACAUCGAGCUUGUUGUUCAUCACAUCGUUCUGGACCUUUAGCUGAGCUACCAUUCGGCGUAACAUCAUGCAUUCUUUUGCCAAAUCAGUUGGUACUGGCACGUUGUUGUUUUUGUCCUCCAUCUAAAAAAGUUCGUUUUAUAUAGUUUCAUAGAGUAUUUAAACGUUUCCUAUGAGUAUUGUUUUACCUUGUGUAUGCAAAUCUAUAUCGACCAGUUGUCGCUUUUUUUGUCAAACAAUGAGAAGCUCUACACGAAGUGAAACUAGUGAACAACACAAUCUCUUAAAUUCUUUGAA